AACACCGAAGAAGAACGAGAAUAACGGUUGGAAAAAAGCCUCGCGGUUGCGUUGCGGCGGGUAACUGAAGCUCGAGGUUGUUUGUUGUUGCCCUUGUUGUGGACAUUAGCAUCAAAUCGACGUCUGUUUUCUGUAAUGCGGAACACUAAUGUACUACCGACUGUUUUGUGUUUUCUUCAUUACCUUUAGUAAAGACCCAUCAGCCGUUUGUUUAAGGUGACUGCAGUAGAAAAUGACCACAUCACAGAAAUAUCAGAACACCAGAGUGUCAGCGGGUAACACCGAUAAAGAGUGGCUGACCCCGGCUGUGUCUGAGAAGUUCCAGAGCCGGUUUGGAUGGCGUCCCGGGACAGCUGACAGCGGGGACACUGGACUGGGUAACUCGGACAACACUGAAGAUUUCUGCAGCACCGGCAGCAGUCCGUCCUUCCAGCCCAUCCGCAGUCAGAUUCCCAUCCCCACCGCCCAUGUCAUGCCUUCCACGGCCGGAGCUCUGGCCUCCAAGCUCAAGCCACGCACCUUUGAUGAGGCCCGUGCGUCCUCCAGCUCGUCCAGCUCCAAAUCGUCCCUCUCCAAAUCCGCAUCCUCGCCCAACCUGGACGCUCAACAUGAGGAAAAUUUAGACGUGAUCGCAGUUAAACCUGACUGCCUGAGUCGAUAUCGCAGUCUAGUGAACGGCCUGGACCACUCGCUGUUUCCGUCCGGAGAUCAGACACGACUGGAUGAAGGCCACAAGUUUGACGUACCUGCCAUGGAGCCUACGCUAAAUCAGUCGGCUCUGCUCGCGGGCCUUACCCCUGAUGUACGACAGCAGCUGCAAAUGACAGGACUUACGGACAAUACCGGCUCGCUGGAACAGACCUAUAAAGUCCUACCAGAAGCUAGGAUGGGUCUUGGCUGUCCUACAGACCCUUACGGCCAAAGGAACGUUCAUACAUGUUCGGGUGCCUCUGCCAGGAUGUUUUCAGUACCUCAGGGCCUACAAACUCAACCCGGCACCGGAGCGUACGAUCCUUUACUGCAGGAACGCUGCAGUGAGCUUGCCAACUGGCAGCAGCAGAAGCAGAAACUCGAGAGUCUGCGUCUGCAGGUGGAACAAAUGCAGUUGAUGACAGGGGGAGGUGGGCAAUAUGCCUCCCUUUAUUCAUCGGCUCCUCACAUAGAAAAUGGCAACUGGGAGGCUAUGAUCAAAGCAAAUGAGAACUUGCUGAAAGAGAAAGAUCUCACCAUUGAAAGGCAGAAGCAGCAGAUGUCUCAGCUGGAGCAGCGUCUCAGGGAGAGCGAGCUGCAGGUGCACAGCGCUGUCAUGGGACGUGGAGCUCCUUUCACCGACGUGUGUCUUUUGAGACUCCAGGAGGCCCAGCGGGAAAACGCCUUUUUGCGAGCCCAGUUUGCCGAGCGCAGCGACUGCUUUACCAAGGACAAAAUGGAAGCGGACCGUAGACUGGCUGGUGUGGAGGUGGAGACGCAACGUCUGAACGAGAUCUUAAAAGAGAGCGUUGAGAAACACUCGGAGGAGCUAAAGAAACAAGAAGAGAGGAUACGCAGUCGGGACAAGCACAUUAACAGCCUGAAAAAGAAGUGCCAGAAGGAAUCGGAUCAGAACAGAGAGAAGCAGCAGCGGAUCGAGACUCUUGAGCGAUAUCUGGCUGACCUCCCUACAAUGGAAGACUAUCAGGCUCAGCACAAAAAGCUGGAGGAGGUGGAGGAGAGGGCCGCUCAGCUGCAGGCCACUGUUAGAGAUCUGGAGGUCCAGCUGGAGGAGUCCCGCAGUGCUGUACGCAGCAAAGACACCCAACUGGAAGAACAGAGACGCAAGGAAAAAGAACUACUUACAACAGUCACCUGUCUCCAAAACAGGGUGAAGGAGAGCCUCGAGGACGGGGUGAGAUUGCCGUCCCUCGACAUUGAGAAGCUUCGAGAAGAAAACGCUACUUUAAAAGAAGACCAACAGCGACUUAAAAAGGUUAUAGAAAAGCAACUCAGAAUAAUGGAACAGCUGGGCUCACAAAUCAGGACUCUGGAGGAGCAGAUCUCUCAGGAGGAGUGCAGUAGUCAGGCACUGCGAGAGGAGGUGGCCGAGAAAGAGGAGAGUCUGCUACAGUUACAUGCUGCUAUGAAGGAGCUCUCAGCGCACAACCAGGAGUUGAUGGAGCACAAUCUGACGUUACAGGAGCGUCUACAGGGUGUGGAGUCGACCGGUCUGCCUGAUUCAAAUGCUCCUUUGCUUCCCGGGGGGGCUCGGCUGACUCAGGGGCUGUAUGAAGAGAUGGCUGCCUGCCUGUGUGACCUCCGCUCUCUCUGCAACGUCCUCACCCAGAGGGCACAAGGCCGUGACCCAAACCUCUCAAUGCUGCUCGGCAUUGCCACACCUCCACCAGUAGCAGACCAGCAGUGGGAGGAUUGGAUCAGUCCUGAGGGCCUGCAGAAGAAGCUUCUAGAAGCUCAGCAACUUCGUCGAGACGUCGAGGACCUGAGAACCACCGUUUCUGACCGUUAUGCUCAGGACAUGGGUGAAAACUGCAUAACUCAGUGAGCACGGACAAUACAGAGCUUGUGCUCAUUAAUGGUAACCACAGUGCCUUUUCUUAAGACGUUGAAAAACACUAAAACAAGUCUUCCUCAAGAAGGACCUGAAAACACUAAGGACACUAAUCUCAUAAAUUAGAUGUCUAUUUUUAUACAAACGUUAUUUUUCUAAAAUUUCAAAUGUUUUUGUGCAAUGGAAAGCAAAUGAUUUAAUAUAAACCUUUCCAUGUAUUUGGGAAUGCCUGUGAUGAAGUUGACAAUCAACUGGAAUAUUUAAUAUUUUCGUGUUAAGAAUUACAACUACUGUGCCAUGUUUUUUUUUUUAAAUGGUUAAGUAUAGUGUGAGGGCAAAUUGUAAGCAAUAUUAGAUCCUCUGGCUGUUUAAGUAAACACACAUUUAUUGUAAAACAAUAGUAGCGUAGAACUGAAUAAAUCAAAUAUAACAUUCCUUUAUAUUUAACAUAUACAAAAGUUAAUUUGCUCAAAGUUUGUUCAGACAGUUUUAUGUAGACUAAUAAACAAUGACAUUUUAAAGCAGGACGAUGCAACAAGGGUUUGUUAAAACUAAUUACAUUUUUUACAAAAGUCAAUAGGUUGAGCUUGUCCUGGACAUUUAUCAAAAAUGUUUUAAUAGACGGUUGUGGUUUGUUAUGAUUGAAUGCCAAUAAAUGUUUGGAUUUCCAGAAUAAAUAUCUAAAAAGACAACCAAAAUUCUUAAAUGAAGCAAAAUGACCGAAGAUACUAAGCUGUUUUUUCUAAAGAAAAUUAUGAAAAUCAACAAGUCAAAAAUCUGCCAGUGGGGAAAGAAAAGUUAACUUGAUUUAAGUUUAAAUUAAGUUAAAACUCAUAUAUUUUUCUUACCCCACUGGUGAGUAUCAUUGCCUGUUUUGCAGAAAAACUCACUUGCUUUUCAUAAUUUAUUUCAUAAAACAAAACUUGGCUUCAUAGGUCAUUUUGCUUCACAAGUAAAUACAUCUUGAUACAAGAAUUUUUUUAUAUUUAUACUGGAAAAUAGUCAAAAAUAGUGAGAUUUUUCUGCAGAGUUUAGGUUUAUCAGUAUUUAAGCAGUUCAUUUUUAACUGGUUGUUCUUUGUAUCUCAAAGCAUUAACAAAGUAUUUUUUUUUUUAAAUGGUAGCUAGAAGUGGUGGUUUUGCAAAUAUGUGCUUAACGAUUUUGCUUGUACAUGUGGGUUACAAUGCACUCUCAUGUUAGUUAUCAUAUUUGCUGUCUGGUUCUUCAUGUACGUCAGAUGUAUAAUAAUAAUAAUAAUAGAAAGUAACUUAUGCAGUCCAGACAAAGCCAACACAUGAAGCUAAUAAUGUAUUAGUAAGUGCAUUGUCAGUCAAUAUCGACACCAUGUGCCUUAUCUAAAUAGUCUAUAAUGCUGUACAAAUAUAUUUUAUUGUAUUGUAGCACGUACAGUCAUUAUUUUUUUUUCUCAUCUAAUGUACAACUGUCCAAGUAUCAGAAUUCUGUUAACAAAAUGGGACCUGAUUUAUUGUGAGGUGAAUUUGAUCAUCUUUGGUCCAGAAACAUCACUACCUUGUGUGAACAUUAAUAUAUGGAUGCAUUAAACCUUUAACAUCUCUUUCAGGUUGAACACUAAACCAGCCAAACAUUGUAAGCCAGAAUGUUUAAAGUAACACUAAAAAUGUAUACAUUAUAGACAUUUCCAUAAGGUGACUGGCUUUUUAGUAAUAAAGAUUUGUUUUGGAGAACCAUA